UCUGUAUCCACACGAAUUGUUGUGACUAACUGGUUUGUAUAUGGGACAUUUCCAGCCAGGUUUGGAGAUGGAUUAUAUGACUCCUAUAUGAGGAUAGAUCAGAUUAGGUACCAGGAGUCUACACAUGAAGAACACAGCCCCUCAGGACUUCCUUCCCUUGGAAGAUCUAAUGUUUCUAGCAACAAACUCGCAAUGAAGGAUCACCCUCUGAGUGGAAGUCAGGUCAAAGUGGAGCAAUUGUUUGAGGACUCUGGCAACAGAAGGAGCAGCGCUCUUCAGUCUGCGGGAGUGACUGGUUCAGACAGAUCUCUUCCUUCCCUGACAAAAGAUAAAAGUAUAGAGAGCAUAAGCACUUCUAAAAGUGGUGGUAGUUCCUCAAAAACGCAUAAAGCCGUUUCCCAAGCUCCAGAGCAAGCUGUCAAACAGUACAAACAUCAGUUAUCUGCUUAUGAGCAGCAAGAGAUAUUUAAUUUUUCUGAAAUUUACUUUGUGGGUCCAGCUGCCAAAAAGAGGCAAGGAGUAAUUGGUGGUCCCAACAACGGAGGUUAUGAUGAUGACCAAGGCAGCUACAUUCACGUGCCCCAUGACCAUCUCGCUUACCGGUAUGAAGUGCUCAAAAUCAUUGGCAAAGGAAGUUUUGGACAAGUUGCUAAAGUCUACGAUCACAAACUCCACCAACACUUAGCCUUAAAGAUGGUUCGCAAUGAAAAAAGGUUCCAUCGCCAGGCAGCAGAAGAAAUCCGGAUUCUGGAGCAUCUGAAGAAGCAGGAUAAAACAGGCAGUAUGAACGUUAUUCACAUGCUGGAAAGCUUCACCUUUCGGAACCACAUUUGUAUGACCUUUGAACUCUUGAGUAUGAACCUGUAUGAGCUGAUAAAAAGAAAUAAGUUUCAGGGCUUCAGUAUCCAACUGGUACGCAAGUUUGCUCACUCUAUCCUGCAGUGUUUGGAUGCCCUUUAUAGAAACAAAAUCAUACACUGCGACUUGAAGCCAGAAAAUAUCCUCCUAAAACAGCAAGGGAGGAGUGGAAUCAAGGUUAUAGAUUUUGGGUCCAGCUGUUUCGAGCACCAAAGAGUCUACACGUAUAUUCAGUCUCGAUUUUAUCGGGCGCCAGAGGUGAUUCUGGGAAGUCGCUAUGGGAUGCCCAUAGAUAUGUGGAGUUUCGGCUGUAUUCUGGUGGAGCUAUUGACUGGAUACCCUCUUUUUCCUGGAGAGGAUGAGGGAGACCAACUGGCUUGUAUGAUGGAACUUCUUGGAAUGCCACCUCAGAAGCUGUUGGAUCAAUCCAAGCGAGCCAAGAACUUCAUCAACUCUAAGGGUCACCCUCGCUACUGCACUGUAACUACACAUGCAGAUGGAAGAGUGACCCUUAACGGGAGCCGAUCACGUCGGGGUAAAGUGCGAGGAGCUCCGGGGAACAAAGACUGGGUGACAGCCCUGAAGGGCUGCGACGACCCCUUGUUUAUAGAUUUCUUAAAGGAGUGUCUCAGCUGGGAUCCUUCCGUGCGCAUGACUCCGAGUCAAGCUUUAAGGCACCCUUGGAUUUGUAAACGAACACCCAAACCACCUAGCACUGAUAAAACCUCCAAUAAACGGAUUUCUAGCUAUACAAGUUCUUUCACAGGAAUAGGUUCCAAGUUGCCUCCCGUAGUUGGAGUAGCAAACAAGCUGAGGGCUAAUCUAACAUCCGACUCCAACGGCAGUAUACCUCUAUGUACUGUGCUGCCCAAACUGGUCAGCUAAUAGAGAAUCACCACCUAUUUCCAGAAUACAUACCUUGGACUUGAAUUGUUUGUUGAUAAUGUGCAAGGAAGUUAAAUGCAGAGGUUUUUAUUAGAGGCUAAAUCUUGAAUAUGGAAAGUUUCAAUCAAAACAUGCACAUUUAAAGGGCUAACAUUCAUCCAGUUGUUUCACUCGCAACGUGGUGCAUAGUACAUCACUGGGUAGGUCAGCUCAGCUGUUGUGUAAAACGACAGUUUGGCAGAUGUGCUAUUGAUAAUGCUGUUUUAGAUAUUAAACUAUUUCUUAUCAGGACAGUUUAACAGAUUUUUUUGCUUAAGACAGCAAGGAAAAUUGAUUUAAAAUACGUAUUUUCAGUUAAUCUCCAACUGAACUCUUUUUAUUCCGGGGCAAGUUUUUACAUCUGUUGUCAGAAGCACAAAUGUGUUGAUGUAAUGCAUUAGGAACUUGCAAAUUGCUAACUUACGUUUGAAGAAUUCUGUUUCUCUGUGCUGCUUUUCCCUUAUCUGUCACGACUGAGAUUUUUAAAAAAUAUCAUGGGAUGUAGACACCAAAGGAAUUUGGUGUUGAAAUUUUAUUAUCUGAACAAUAUUUUUUUUUUUUUCCAGAGGAGCAUAGAAAUGCCACGGAACACAGGAUCUAGCUAAAUAAAACUACUAACUUCUAUACACUUGCUAUUUCCCUUAAAAGUCUGUGGAAAGCUGGUAGGGGAAUUCAAGAUCAGGACUGGUCCAUCACAAGUGUUGGACCAUCAAUUGUGUGUUUCUUUGGAGCUCAAGUUUAAAUCAUCAGUUCUGCCAGGUUUGUGUGUGUGUUUUCCCAUGUUGUUCCUGGAACAAAAAUGUUGAACUUAGAGCUGUUUUAUAUACAUGUUUGAGAUUCUGGUAAUUUUAAUUUUUUUUUUUUUUGUGUAGAGUGAAUUCCAUUGAAUUACAUGGAGCUCUUUUUAUUAAAAGUAAACAUGCCACCUCUAUCAGGCAAGAAAAUGUUUUUAAGGCCCAGGACUGUUACUCGAAAAAGGGUGGGGGGGAGGCACACUUAAUAGUUGGAAGUGUGCUCUGAAAUCUAAGCAUAAUUGUGAAAUAUCAGGAAAGAUGGGUAAAGUGGAUCCAAAUCAAAAUACGUUGUGGGAAGAAUCGCUCUAUUUCUAAUCGUAUUCCUUCAGGUCUUUGAGAGAGAGAUGACUACGUUUUCUCAUUCUUGAAAUAUAUGAGCUUGUAUUUCCUCUUCCUUUAUCUUCCAAGAACAUGAGAAGGUGGUGUGACCUGUAAUGACAACAGCACAACUUGUUCGGGUUGUUACUUCUUGCAGCCACAUGGCCCGAGUCCAUUUACAGAAACAUCUGAUCUCUUGCCAGGUGCCUGAACAGAAUUUUAAACACGAUUUAGAGCUUUUAUGAAGAGAAGGUUUUAAAUUUAAUGAGUUUCUCUGUAGCAGGUUUUUAAUGUUAAAACAAGGAGAUUCUCAGUAUACAAACAAAGGAAUUAUCAGGGUGAUUUUUCAGAUAAGGUGACCACAUGUUCAAUGCAAGACCCUCCCUUUGAGAAGAUGGGGCUGCGUUUUCUCCUCUGCUCUGUUUAAUUACAGCACUGGCAAAAUGCUGGGUGGAGGCCUGUGUAAAAAUGCAAAAAGACAGAGCCAAAGCUCCAGACUGUCCAGGACUGUUGGUUAAACUGAGGUUCUUUUGUACGUAGCCUUUCUGAGUUCCUUUGUUUUACAAGCAUAAACUCAGUAGGCUUCAUAAUAAUAUUAAAAUAGCAGUCUAGCCUUUAUCUGUGCAGCUGCAAGUAAUACUGGUGUGUAUGGUCUGAUCAUGGUUCACUUUGUAAUAGUGCGUGACUGGUAUUUUUUUUAAUUUGGCUUUGCUGGGUGGGGUUGUAUUUGAGUGGAGAAUCAGGAAAGGGGAUUUUGGGGGUAAGUGUCAGAAGACACCAUCGAUUCUGAUAGAAUCUCUAAUAGAUGUGGCACGAUUUCAGAAGCCAGAAAAAUUCUUCCUCCUCUGCCCUUUAUGCAUUUUCUCACAACCUUUUCUACACCUGGUGAGUGAGGAGAAAGGAACCUUUCUAGAGCAAUAGCUUGUUAGGAAAGAUGCAUAGAAAAGCACUUUAUAUAGAGACCAUAACGGGGUGGUCGUGCCUGGAGCCUGGCAGAAGGCAGUAGAGAGUUGGCGUGCUGGGAGCUGUACAAACAGGUCUUCUCUUAGGAACACGGGGCAGUAUCUUGGUUCUAAACCAUUUUCAUCUGUAACAUACCAUAUGUAGAACAGUAAUUUUCCUGUGACUUCUGGGAACUGGUUACUAUGAGGUAACUUCUGGUGUACACACAGUAAUCUCACUUAAAGCUGGUGCUGUAAAACUGCAGAUGAAGUAAUUAGCUGUCAGGAACGUUGCUUUGUAUCUAGAAAAUGUGUUCAGCAUGACCUGGCUGCACAAGGUGCCCGUUACGAGUUGUGUUAUGUUUAAGACUGGAUCUUACCUGGGACUACUGUAUUUUAAAAUCAAGUGCAUACUUAACUGUCUUGCUAAUUUGGGUCUCUUGUCUAUACAGCCAUAGUAGGUGAGGAAGAAAAGGAAGCAGCCUCAGCAGAGUUUUGCUGUACUGAAAAGGAUUUCUUCAUAACCCAGGGAAUACAGCUGAGAGAGUAUUUUGGUAUUGUUUCCAAUUACUGAGCCCCAUUUUCUUGAUGAAAUGUUUGCUUUCAGUGAAUAGUGUGACACAGUGUUCCCAAACUGGGAGAGCCCUCCAAGUGAGCUAAUAAAUCUCAUAUCUGGGAGAAAGCUGAGGACUUGCCCCUGCAAAGCACUUGACCUGUUGAGGUCCCUGUGAAUUGGGGCUGUGGGCAGCUCCUACCCCGUGUGGGGGGCUGGCCCGUGGGCUGUGUGGUUUGUGAAGCGUGGUCACAGUCACACUGGCUGUCUUCACCGAGACACAGUCGAACCUCAAAUUCACACUUUUGGUUUUUUUUUGGAAAGCUGAAAUGCUAGUGAGGUCUGAAAUGGCCAGAAGUUCAUCUUUUUCGUUAGUUGUGAUACUGGUUAGAAUGUUAAAAGUAGUCUAAAACUAAACUUGCCUAAGCAGGUUAUCAGAGCAGCUUCUGGUUUUUGUGGUAACUCUUUGUUAAUCUGCCAGCGCUAGCGAGGUUCCACUGGAACUUCAGUCAUGUUCUCCUAGGAUGUUAGCACAAAA